AUGAUACCGUCUAUGGAGUUAGUGAAACCCUUAGGCAAAGGCUCAUAUGGUUCUGUCAACCUCAUCAAGUUCACUAAACACGACGGCUCGAACCCCUACUACCACGCCGUGAAAAGCUCAUGCGCACAAGACCACGACUCUCUCCUCAACGAGUUUCAGAUUCUGUCCAAACUCAGAGAUUGUCCAGGAAUCGUGCAAACAUUCGGUACAUCUCUCUCUCGAGGUGUGGAUAAUUACGGAAACAGAGUUUACAGCAUGUCGAUGGAGUACGCAGCUGGUGGAAGCUUAUCUUCUUUAAUGGUAACAAGAUCGUUGAACGAUACGAUGAUCAGAGACUUCACACGUAUGAUUCUUCAAGGACUUGUCUCUGUUCAUGAUCUCGGAUACGUUCACUGUGAUCUCAAACCGGACAAUGUUCUUGUGUUUCCACGUCAUGAUGAAGAAGUCGGAGUAUCGUACGAGUUGAAGCUUUCUGAUUUUGGGAUGUCGACAAAAGCUGGAGAAGAGUCGGUGUUUUGGGAGUUUGAUUCUCCUUACUUGGGAACGCCUAUUUACAUGUCUCCUGAGUCUGUUCAAUACGGCGUCGCGUUGAAGUCGUUAGACUUGUGGUCGUUAAGUUGCAUUGUGUUGGAGAUGUACACAGGAAAGUCUCCGUGGUCGUUGCAAGAUUCGGAGGAGAUUUUAAGUAAUUUGUUGGAUGAGAAGGCGCCAGAGAUUCCGGAGUCUCUUCCUUGGGAGGCAAGGCAGUUUCUACAAACGUGUUUCGCAAGAAAUCCUGUGUUGAGAGGAAGUGCUUUGGGUAUGUUGAAGCAUCCGUUUCUUCUUAAGGAAGUUUCUGAUGAGAAGAAGAAAGUGAUGGUUAGCGGCGCCGGAGGUAGGAGAGCGGUAAUGAAGUCUAAGGAUAUUAUGAAGAAGCCAUUAAGAGUGAAGAUUAUUCCACCAAAACCGCCACAGUUUAAGAAAGUUUUGAAUAGACCUUUGAGGUUGAAGAUUAUACCUCCAAAACCACCAGGAUGCAAUCUAGUUUCUGUUCAGUAG